CGAGGACACGUCAGUAGAUGGCACAGAUGGCGUCUUGACCAGGAAGCAAGAGGAAAAUGUGCCGUUGACAAUUGAGGCUAAUUUUCAGCCUGAAGGAUGGGUCGGCGAAAAAGAAUUGUGACAAAUGAUGGAGCCUCUCACCCGAGAACGGAUGAGAAACCGCUAGUCCCACAUCGCAAGGAGAAGAAAAAGAAAACGGACGUGGGCAAAGUGUUCAUCAACAUUUCCAUCGCUCUCUGCGUGUUCAGUCUCAUCUGGUUCUUCUAUGCUCUCUACAUGCGCUCAUCCCUGGCCAAGAGGGUAGUGACCCUCCACCCGUCCCCACGUGUGCUGGAUGCAAACAGCAGCAGUGCACAAGUGUCGCCCGAGAGAUUCUGGGGCUCAUAUCGGCCUCAGGUGUACUUUGGCAUGAAGACCAGGAGCCCCAGCUCCGUGGUCACCGGCCUGAUGUGGCUGCGUCAGUUCUCUGACAUGGACGUAAACCUCAGGCACACGUGUGAGCAGGGUGACCGGCUGCAGGGCUACGGCUGGCUCAUGCACGACGGCGUCAGCUUCGGCGUGCAGGAGGUCCGGGACAGCGACUUCACCCUCACCACAGAGUUCGUCAAACGCAUGGGUGGGGAUCACGGCGGCGACUGGACGUGGAGGAUCACGGCCAAACAGCACAGUUCUGCGGCCCACGCUCCAGUCAUCUCGCUCAUGUUCUACGUUGCCAUGGACACCCAGGGGUCACUGCAGGCGCACGUGGAGGAGCGGAACCGGCUGAGCACGGUCACUGGCGCCUCGGAGGAGCUGGGCAACUUCAAGGUCACCUUCCGCAAACCCACUGCCGGAGACGCGGCCAGUGCCAAAUAUGCCAGCUACAACCACCUCCAAACAGUGACUCCGGGCUUGGAGAAGCUCACGGAUAUUGUGAAGAACAGCCUGAACCGGAAGUUUGUGUUCAGUCCUCCAUCGGGCGAGAAGCGGCCCUACAUCGCCGUGGACACCUACAAGCCUCCCCACCACCCCCACCAGCAGAAGCCCGCUGACCACAGGAAGGAGAGCGACUUUGUUGUUCACCAGGUCACGGUCCAGACGCCCUUCCAGAUCGAGGUCCUUUUCGAGUCCGGCAGCUUUCACGAUCGACCGGACCAGCUGGCGGGCUCCGUGUUGACCGCAGAGCUGGAGAAGAGGAAGGUGGCUUUCGACCAGAAGUUCGAGGACACGUUUGGCCUCCAGGCGAAGGGCUUCUCCCAGUCCCAGGUCAAGUUCAGCAAGGCGGCCCUCAGCAACAUGCUGGGUGGCAUGGGCUACUUCUACGGCCAGUCCAUCGUGCAGUCGGCCUACAACGAGUACCCGCUGCUGUACCCCGAGGGGCCGCUGUUCACGGCCGUGCCCUCGCGCUCCUUCUUCCCGCGGGGCUUCCUGUGGGACGAGGGCUUCCACCAGCUGCUGCUCGGCAAGUGGGACCCGCAGGUGACGCGCGAGGCCGUGGCCCACUGGCUGGACCUCAUCAACGUGGAGGGCUGGAUCCCGCGCGAGCAGAUCCUGGGCGACGAGGCGCGCAGCAAGGUGCCCGGCGAGUUCAUGGUGCAGCGCAACGAGAACGCCAACCCGCCCACCCUCUUCCUGGCGCUGCAGGAGCUGGUGGAGCAGCUGCAGGCGCAGCCGGACGACCCCUCCGUCCAGGCCACCCUGCCGCUCCUCCGCAGGCUGUACCCGCGGCUCCAGACGUGGUUCGAGUGGUACAACACCACCCAGGCUGGACCCUUGCCCAACUCCUACCGCUGGCGGGGCCGAGACAAGGACACCAACCUCUUCCUCAACCCCAAGACGCUGACCUCCGGUCUGGACGACUACCCGCGGGCGUCUCACCCGUCGGCAGAGGAGCGCCACGUGGACCUGCACUGCUGGAUGGCGCUGGCGUCGGGCAUCAUGGCGAAGGUGGCGCAGCUGCUCGGCGAGCCGCACCGGGAGUACGAGCGCACGCACCGCACGCUCAGCGACAACCGGCUGCUGGCCGAGCUGCACUGGUCCGAGCAGCUGCGCGCCUUCUGCGACUACGGCAACCACACGCAGGCGGUGGCGCUGCAGCAGGAGAAGGUGUACGUGCCGCCCGGGCAGCCGCGCCACCAGUUCCCCGUGGCACGCCUGGUGCGCUCCGUACGCCGCGCGCCCAAGCUGCAGUUCGUCAACGCGCUGGGCUACAUCAGCCUCUUCCCCUUCCUGCUGCAGGUGCUGACGCCCGACUCGCCCAAGCUGGAGUUCAUCCUGAAGGACAUGCGGGACCCCGAGCGCCUGUGGACGCCCUACGGCCUGCGCUCGCUCUCCCACACCGACCCGCUCUACAUGAAGCGCAACACGGAGCACGACGCCCCCUACUGGCGCGGCCCCAUAUGGAUCAACCUAAACUACUUGACCGUUAGGGCUCUGUACCACUACGGCAACUUGGAAGGGCCAUAUCAGGAACAGGCAGCUGCCCUCUACCAAGAGCUCAGGACUAACCUCAUCAAUAAUGUUUACAGACAGUACAUGGACACGGGCUAUAUAUGGGAACAGUACAACGACAGUACAGGUCGUGGACAGGGCAGUCAUCCCUUCACGGGGUGGUCAGCUCUGACUGUCCUCAUGAUGGCCGAACAGUACUGAGACUCUCUGCACUAAUCGUGAUGGAUGAGCAGUACUGAGACUCAGUGCACUUCUCAUGAUGGCGGAGCUGUUCUGAGACUCAGUGCACUUCUCAUGAUGGUGGAGCUGUUCUGAGACUCAGUGCACUUCUCAUGAUGGUGGAGCUGUACUGAGACUCAGUGCACUUCUCAUGAUGGCUGGUGCCUUAAUGGUGCCAUCAUGUCAAUCCUGUUCCCUCCAAUGUGUCAUUUAUGCCAUCUUGAGUGUUUUCAUGAUUAAUUGGUGGUUUUGUUCUGAAGGAGUUACAUGGCAGGCUUUAUCUUCAUUUCCUGUACAUUCAUUAAUGAUGGUUGAUGUCAGUUCACUGGUGCCAAGUCUAAAUUCACUUGUAAAUUAUUCAUAUUUUUUCAGGUACCCUGAGUUAUGUUCAGUUUCAUAUUUGUCAGAGGAUUCUCUCUCACAAAAGGAACUCAGCGUGGAUGUUUAUAUCAGCUUGCCAAGUGCAUUUUCUAAAGAAUUCUGACAACAUAGCAACAAGACAAUUCAACAAGACUAAACACACUGGCUCAUCAUUAACAGUGAAGAUGCUAUGGGCUGCAUUGUUUUGUUCAUUUUCACUUUUUUGGAUCCCCACACAAUAUACAAGCCAUUGUCAAAUUUCCCAUCAGAAUUCAUUACUUUUUUUGACCCUGCUGUUGAAAGAGCGAACAAAUAAAAAAAAAUAAUCAAAGAA